AGCUACAUAAAAUGUGCAAACAUAAUGAUUUCUCAUUUGAAAAAUUAAAAAGAUGCCACUUUGCCUACUUGAAUCGAUUAAAGCACUAUGACGAAGAUUAUCCACUUUUCAAUUCAAACACAUGCACCGAAAAAUGUAAAGAGAAAAUGAAAAAGAUUACAAGAUUCACUUUUUCAAUGGAAGAAAAACUUAUUUCAAACUACUUUGACGAUUGCAAAAUGGUUCCUGAUAACAUAAGAUGCUCUAUUUCUGAAUAUUACUGGUGUCUCAAUAGAAAUACAUUAACCCCAAACUCAAAAUAUAUGAAUAUCGGUUUUGUUGAUGGAAAAGUUGUUCGUUUGUGUGAUAACUCCAAUGAUUUUACACCAGAAAAAAUAGAAGAAGCUUUAAAUCAAUUGAUUAAAGAAGAAAACUAAAUAAAUAAAAUAAAAUGCAUUUGUAGUUUUUAAAAAAA